AUGGAUUCAGCAAACCAGGAAGCGGCUAUUAAGGUGUUAGUUUGGGUUUAUCUUUUAUACGUAGAUUCUGAUGAUAAUGGAGUGCUCCACGGGCGAAAUUUACGACAAAUUCUCCCUGUCAACACCAUAGGAAAUCCACAGAGAACAGUAUGGAGAAUAUGCUUACUGAUGUUUAAGUGUAAAGGGCUAAGCAUCUUGGCUGAUUUAAAUGAUCACCAAAUAAAGGAGCUCUCGAUUGUUAGAAAAAUUCUCCCUGUCAACACCAUAGGAAAUCUACAGAGAACAGUAUGGAGAAUAUGCUUACUGAUGUUCAAGUGUAAAGGGCUAAACAUCUUGGCUGAUUUUUUAUUGAUUGUGAUUUUUCUUUUUAAGGUUCUGAACCUUAAUGACUAUGAUAAACUGUACCUGUUGAUGUGCAAAUGGAGAAUUAUUCGGCUUUUCAACCCGUUAUGUUAUGCUGCUGAUGUAACAAGUGUUGAAGACCUUGAAAAGAAAGUGAGGGCAAACCUGGAUGAUAUAAAACAAAAACUGCCAGCAUGGUCACAAUCUCAGUCUUUUAGGGAAGAUUUAGAAACUAUUAAAAACUUGAUUGAAGAUUCAAAGACUGUGAGAUAUGAAAAUUUGCCAUCACUUCUGGGUAUUGAAAGAAAUAACUAUAAAGAGGAAUUAGGAGAUGCAGGAGUCCAGAUGAUACAAAAGAAACAGCUAUUUUUACGAAAAAAAAUAGCACUUGGUCGUCCAUAUUCUGGUGAUGUUUACAAUGCCCAGUGGAUGCAAGGUCAUAACAUGGUUGAUGUUGUUGUACGGUUUGACUUGGGCCCAACACAGCGAGAGUUGUUCAUUAGAGAAGCUAAAAUAAUGACAGGUCUCCAUCACGACUAUAUCAUGAAGUUUUAUGGUGCUGUUAUUUUGGGCUCGUAUACAGACUCUGUGGGAUUGGUGGUUGAAUUUUUCAACAAAGGUCAUUUGGAGGAGUUUCGUGUUCCAUCUCUCUUCCAUGCCUGGCUCUAUGCAUCACAGCUCUCUUCAGCUCUGGAAUAUUUGGAGUCCAAACAUCUUGUACAUACAUCUGUAUCAGAACCUUUUGUUUACAUCUCAUCUCUUGAAAAGGAUUUUAGUAAAAGACCAACAUUCCAUGACAUAGUUCAGACUCUUGCCAAGGAAAGACCAGAAAAGUUCUGUUUUACAACAAGCAAUUCCUCUGCAGAACCUUGUGAGCUUUCAUAUGACAAAGGAGAGAAACUUUGGGUGAUAUCACAGGAUGCAACGAGAUAUCAUGGUAUGUGGUUUGGUCAAAAGGAGAAUGGGACUGCAGGAUUUUUUGAUGGUGACAAAGUAAUACCAAUAGAUGAUGAUAAUCAAGUACCACAUGAAAUAAGAGCCCGCGGAAAUGAAGCACAACUUGCAUACAACCUUGCUCUCUUGGAAGGAAAGAUCAAAGUGUGCCGUGCUCGAUUGCUGAUCAUUGGCCAGGACAGGGCAGGAAAAACAAGCCUGAAAAAUUCACUAAUGGGUUUACCCUUUAAUCCUGAUGAACCAAGCACUGAAGGUUUGGAAGUGAAUUCAUCAAAACUGGAAGUCAAUGUUGAGCAGGUAGUUGAAUGGAAGGCUGUGAGUAAAGAAAACAAGGAAGUGGAACAAGCUACACCGCAGAAUAGAUGUAUUGCUAGAUUGGUUGCUAGUCAUAUGAUGGAGAAGAAGGAGACAAAACCAAAGCAAACUUUGCCUCCUGAGAAGAAAGAAAUGCAGGAGGAAAAAGAGAUGCCACAAGAACAACUGAGUGGGUUUCAUUUCACCACAACUCCUCCAGCAUCCAAUCACACUCAAGAAUCCACAAAAGCUUUUGCACUAGACUUAGUUGAUGGAUCCCAAGAAAAACCAGCUCUGAAACCAAAAGUUGAUAUGCCAGAUGAAUUAACCCCGCUUGUAAUAGAGUGCCUUAAAAAUUCAGAGGAAAGCAAUGAGAACAGUUCUACAGAAACUGUUCUGGACAUCUGGGACUUCGCGGGUCAGCAUUUGUAUUAUGCGACACAUCCCUUAUUCUUCUGCCACAGAGCCAUCUAUCUUCUUGUUCAUAACCUGGAGAAAAAACCAAAUGACCUCGCAGAGCCAUCAUUUAAGCAUGGAGACCAAGAAUUACCUCUGAAGAACACAUCAAAUGAAACAAACUUAGACAUGCUUCUGUCAUGGUUGGUCUCAGUCCACAGCAUUUGCAGGCCCCCAGUGGAGCAUGAUGUUGAAGAAUUGUUUAAGUCAAAGGUGCGCUGCCUUCCCCCACCUGUGCUUGUGGUGGGAACACACGCUGAUAAGGUUUCACCCAGAGAAAUCCAACAAGUUGAAGAUGAGAUCAGUAGUAGCCUUAAAGGUAAAGCCUACCAUGAACAUGUACUGUCUCCUUUUUACAGAGUAGAUAACAGGCAGUCAUCAAAAUCACCUGAGAUUCAACAGAUCCAAAAAAGAGUACAACAGAUCUUGUCAUCUGGGUUGAUUUCAACUGCAGACCUUCCUGUGAAGUGGUUCAAUUUUGAAAAAGCUCUAAAGAAUCUAACAGCAGGUGGAACCUUCUUCUUGACCAGAGAGGAAAUCUACACAGUUGCACAGAAAGAAUGCUUCAUCACAGACAAUGAUCAGCUAGACACCAUGUUAAACUACUUCCAUGACCUCGGUCUGAUUGUGCAAUUCACAGAUGUAGUAGUUCUGGAUACACAGUGGCUGGCCAAUCUCUUCAAAAAGCUGAUCUCCACUUGCCCUGAUCAAGAACAGGUUUGUGUAACAAAGUAGUUGUCUAUUGACAGGG